CGUUGUGCAGGGUAGAGAGAGAAAGAGAAAGGAAGAAACCUCGUCAGUUUCUUUACCUCCCUGAAUGGUCCACCUUGUGUAGCGGGACGCCUAGAGAGAGAAACAGUUAAAAAAAGAAAGCCCCCAUUAUAAGGUCGCCAUUAAAGUUCAAACCAACCCCACCUAAAACCAUCUCCUCUUCUUGUCUCACCGCGCUUUCCAGAAAUCUCUCCCUCUAAAAUCCUUCUCUUUUGCGCUCCCUGUGUUUCACAACACAGUUUCUCUCUCCUCUUCAUCCUCUUCCUCUUUCGUACCCCUUUUAUCCCUACAUAGUACCCUCUGUCUUUUUCUCCAUAUUCUAUUUCCUUAAAUUUCAAGAACCCAAUCUCUCUCUCCUCCAAAAACUAACACAAAAACCAGAUUUUCAUUCAUCAUUGGUUUCCUUCACCUCACCCCAAAAGCCAGCCAUUUUUGAACCAUCAAAACCAGCCAUAUUUGAACCUUCAAAACCUUCUCCUUCACCAUUGUUGGACCAUCAAAACCUUUUUCUUCAACCUUAAUUAACCCCAUCAGAACCAUUUCCAUCUUCUUCCUCUCCCUCCAAAGUUUAUUUCCUGUUGUUUCAUUUUCUCAAUCCAAAAGGGUGCAAUGAAUUCUCAUUUUGAUGAUCACCAAAUGAGGAGAGAGAUCCAAGGCCCAAGGCCAACCCCACUACGAAUCAGCAGAGACUCUCAUCUCAUCCAUAAGAACUCUUCUUCUUCUCAAAAUGGUGCACCAUGUGGGAAGCGUCAACGAGAUCCGAUCAUCAUCUACACGGAGUCUCCGAAGAUAAUUCACACACAAGCUCACGAUUUCAUGGCUCUUGUUCAGAGGCUCACUGGCCUCUCCAGGUCUAAACAAGAAAAUGAAACUCCUGGUGACGCUUCAGUAACGACUUCUCUCACUACAACCGCCUCAACUUCUUCUUCUCAAGCUGCAAGUACUGGAAAUUCUCUCUGUCAGGCAAUGGGAGAUGUGAAUUCGAGCGAAAGAUGUAAAGGAUUCGUGCCGAAUACUUCAUCAUUUCGGUUUUCUCAAGCAAACGAGAAUGAGAAUCAAUCAGGCUUUGACUCCCCACUUUUCACACCGAAUUCGACCGACUUCUUUUGCUCCCCCCGCCAAUUUUAUCGGUUUUCUGAUAACUUGUAUUCACCUCCAAAGUUUUCUCCAAAUUUGGGGAGCUCUAUCUCUCCUACUGUUUUAGAGGUGAUCAAGGCUUUUCCUGAGUACUGAUGUUUUGGCCUUGGAUUUCUUUGUGUAUGGUGAUUAAGGCAUUCUUUUGCUUAGAGAAGGUGCUCCAAACUCCGAUUAGAAUGUGUGCACCAAUAUGUGAAUUAUGAUUCAUUCAUAUGGUUGAUUUGUUGUGUAAAAGAUAUGUGAAUUAUGAUUCAUUCAUAUGGUUGAUUUGUUGUGUAAAAGAUAUGUGAAUUAUGAUUCAUUCA